GCCAAAUACGAGCGAGCCGACGGGCGGUUGGGCGCAGGGCGAACCGGACGGGGCCGGCCGCGGCGGGGCUUCGCUGUUCCCGGGGAUGUGACGGGGAGCGUCGGCUUCCCGCCGCCCGGCCGCUCUUCUCCUCGGGCAGGCAACUAUGGAGUGUCGAAAUAAAACUGGAGUUCCAGCCCGGAAGCUAAUCCAAGCUCGGCUGCCCUUCAAGCGCUUGAACCCCAUACCAAAGGAGAAGCACGACACCGACCCCGAAGUCAAGAAAGCCAGGAGCGUGCAGCACCUCCUCAAUCAAAACACACCCCACCCCGCCUCACCGCACCCAUUAUCGGACAAUGUGGAAAACAGUUGUGAGGAAGAAUCGGAAUCCCACGUUCCAAAACUGGUUAACGGCAAGGGCCCUCUGGAUAACUUUGUGCAGAAAAGUAAAAAAAAGGAGACGAUUCCGUCUCCGUUCUUCAUAGACUUGACGGACAACCCUCCUCACAGACCGAAUGAUAACAUGGGUGGCACCAAGCCCAACGUCAAAAUAGCAUCUUCUGGGGAAACCUCGAAGGAGAAAGGAGGCCAGGCUGAUCCCCCAAAUUCCUCUUGUGACCCCCAAGGAGAUCCCUGUUUAGAAACUGGCUUAGACGUAACAGAUAAGGAACUUCCAAAUGCGGGGUACGCUGGGAUCCAAACCAAUACCUCCAAAGAGGAUAAACCUCCAAAUGUCAUAUUUGAACGGAAAAUGCCGGUCGUGGUUCUGGAGGACAUCUUGGCCAGCAGGUCUCCUCCAGCUGCAGCUUUGGAAAGGAGCGUGACAUCUGAAAACGAAACCAUGGAGUCUUGUCCCGAAGAGGACGACACGCCUUGUACAAAUUCCUCCUCCAGUUCUCUCUCUCUCACCAGCUCUCCUGAGUCUCGGGCGACCACGGAGCACGACGUCGCUCCGAUAGCUGCUUCAACGCCGAUUUGGCAGGCUUCUCCAAAAGUCCAUCGAAGUUCAGAGGAGAAGGAGAAACUCAGGCUACAGAGGGACCAAGAACGUGCAGAAAAACUUCAGAAGCUGCAAGCUGAGCAGGAGGAGAAGAGACAACUGAAAAAGGAAGCCAAAGCUGCCAGAGAACGUGCCCGCGAGGAGGCGAAGAGGAAGAAAGAAGAAGAGAAGGAGCUGAAGGAUAAAGAAAGGAGAGAGAAAAAGGAGAAAGACGAAAAGGAGAAAGCUGAAAAACAACGAGCAAAAGAAGAAAAACGGAAAGAGAGACAGGAAGCCCUGGAGGCAAAAUUAGAAGAGAAAAGAAAAAAAGAAGAAGAAAAACGCUUAAAAGAGGAAGAGAAGCGCCUCAAAGCAGAAAAGGCAGAAAUCACCCGGUUCUUUCAAAAACCAAAAACCCAGCCUGCUCCAAAAACUCUCGCGGGCUGGUGUGGAAAGUUUGCUCCCUUUGAGAUCAAGGAGAACAUGGUCCUCGCUCCGCUUUGCCGGGUGCCCUUUGAUCAGGACCUCUUCGACCGAGUAGACCGGUCCGUGCAAGAGCAGAGCGGCGACUCUUCUUUCUUGGAAGAACUGAAGGGUCGGGAUCCUAGGAAAUCGGAGCCCACCCUUGUCGGCAGCCCCGAUGCUGACGGGAUUAAUAGCGAUGUCGUUAUUGUGGGUAGCAGCCAGGCAGAAGAUGUGCCUGAAAGGAAGAAAUUUGGAAGAAUGAAGUUACUGCAGUUCUGUGAGAAUCAUCGGCCUGCCUACUGGGGCACGUGGAACAAGAGGUCUUCCUCAAUAAGGCCCAGAAACCCUUGGGCCAAAGAUAUGAAGCUGCUGGACUAUGAAGUGGAGAGCGAUGAAGAGUGGGAGGAGGAGGAGCCGGGCGAGUCCCUCUCUCACAGCGAAGGGGAUGAGGAAGAAGAUGGAGGAGAGGAGGAAGAUGAGGACGAUGGGUUUUUUGUUCCCCAUGGAUACCUUUCGGAGGACGAAGGCGUGAGUGAAGAACGUGAUCCCGAAAACCACAAAGCUCGCCAAAAGCUGAAAGCCAAGGAGUGGGACGAGCUGAUCACCAAGGGGAAGAGGUUCCGCGUCUUGCAGCCGGUGAAGAUCGGCUGCGUUUGGGAAGGCAAGCCGAGCAGCGCCAUCAGCGCCGCAGAAAUGGGAGUCCUGCAGCAAUUUGAAGCUACUUUCCUGGAGUCCGGCUUUGCCGAGGAAGACUUGAUCGAGAAAAGCAACAAAAAGAAGACAAAAGACCAGCAAAUUCUGGCCCAGCUGCUCCCGCUACUUCACGGCAACGUGAACGGGAGCAAAGUCAUCAUUCAGGAGUUCCAGGAAUGUUGCCGCUUGGGGUUGCUGUCGGAGCCCAGCAGUCCGGAGCCCUCCCUGGGCAGCGGAGAUGCCAGCCCCAAGGUCUGCCAAGGGCAGACUCCGGCCUGCGAGAACGCCCUCCCUUCCAAAGCCAGGCUGAAGAGGAUCAUCUCCGAGAACUCCGUCUACGAGAAGAGGCCCGAGUAUCGGAUGUGUUGGUACGUCCACUCCGAGGUCCUGAAGAACUUUGGCCAGGAGCACCUGCCCGUGCCCUGUCAGUGGAACUACAAUACCCAGGGUCCAUCCGUGGCCAGGGAAGAAGCGGGCGGUUUGCAAGGAGGGGCGGCGGCCCAGACCCCCCCAGUCUCCGCAAAACGGAAGUCAACGCAAAGCAUGUCGAUAACCAAGUUCAUGAGGAGACCUGCGGGGACCGAGCAGACCGAAACCGCAGAGAUGGAUGGAUUUCAGGCAGACACGGAGGAAGAGGAUGACGACGAAUGCAUUAUUAUAGAUGUACAGCCAAAUCCAGGCAAGCCGGCUGACUCAGCACCUGGACGGAGGACCCCUGAAGCAGAACCAGCGGCGGCGGCGGGCAGCAACUUCCCCAAGGCCUUUUGAUAUACACACCCCUACUCUUCCUCUCCCCCCCCCCUUUUGUACGUAUGUAGAAUUCUUUUAGCUUGCUGUAAAACCCUUUGUGUACCUUUUGUGUGUUUUUUUUUGGGGGGGAGACGAGAUACUUGAACAUUCUGUGUUCCUUGUAAAGAGAAGACAGCACUUUGUUCUGCUUCGGACUGGUGGAAGCUCAAGACAAUAUGUUAGAAGGGGGGGGGGCUGUAGGUGAAUAAAAUAUAGGGCAUAUAAUCUCUCUAAUAAAAGCAUUAUUGAGUUUUUGAAGGGCUCUGUAGAGGAUGCAGUGGUGUUUUUUUCCUCCCCUCUCCCCCGCCUAGAUUGAAAAGUGUGUUUAAUCUUUGGUUUAUGGCUGCUCAUAUGAAAAUGUCUGCUUCUAAAACAAGAGAUUCUUUA